AUGCUACAACUUGUGCCCUACAAACUUGCAAAGAGCCCUGCCCUCGGUUGGGACUUCUUGUGCUCUCAAUUUGGGACUCCCCGUGGACCACCCAGGCCGAGCCAGAUCCAACGAAUGUCCCCGGCGCGAGACCCUAGGACAGGGAGAUUUAUACUGACUCAUGAGAACACCGAAGAGUUGAGUGCCGACCCGAGCGCCGCAUCGAGUGAGGAUCCCGUGGCGAUCGCACUGCCAGGUGAAUUCCUAGAGGAGGAUAGUGAACCUGAAGAGGGUAGAAGCCCUAGAGAGGACCCCGUGGAGGUCCUAAGACCUGAAGAAGACCCUGGUAGACAGCUGUAG